AUGCUUAACAAUUGGAGACGUUUAAUUAAGAUGAAUUACAUCCUAGUCAUUUUAGUCUGUGCAGCACUAUUUAGUACAACAUCAUCAGAUGUACUUAAAGAUGACGAAGUUACAAAUUUUGUUAAAAGUCAUGGAUACAUGUGCACAGCACACGAGGUUGUUACAGAAGACGGAUAUAUUUUGAGACUUCACAGAAUCCCACCAAGAUUCAACAAAGGACCAAAGAAGCCUGUAUUCUUGAUGCAUUCUGCGUUCUCAAACUCAUUAUAUUACCUGAACACCCCAAACAUCUCCCUUGGAUUUUACUUUGCUGAUGAAGGAUACGACGUGUACCUUGGAAAUGUUCGUGGAAGUAAAUACUCAACAGCACACAAAUGGCUUAACACUGAAUCACUAGAUUAUUGGAGGUUCAGUUUCCAUGAAAUGGGUGUGUACGAUCUUCCAGCACUAAUUGACUAUACAUUGAAAGUAUCUGGAAGUGAUAAGGUUUAUUAUGUCGGUCACAGUCAAGCCACAACUCAGGAGCUUGUAUUCUUAUCAAUGAGACCAGAGUACAAUCGUAAAAUCAUCCAAUCGCACCUGAUGUCUACAGCUGGUGCUUUUGCUAAUCCACGGUUUCCUGUGAAGCAGCUGGCUCCUCUUUAUCUGGUUUUUGCAAAAAUGUUAAACAAUCUUCCAUACAUUAAUUUUGAGCCGGGAAACAAGUUUGGGACAAGAACUAGUAAUGUUUUGUGCACUAAAGGAUUGCCUUUGAGGUUUUGUCAACUGUUUAACUUCUUGUUUUUGGGAGGAGAUCCAAGAAUGCCAUUUAUGCCUAAUACAGAUCCGGCCAUUUACCGAACCAUCUUUCCAACAUUAUCACCACGCACGGGUAUUCAACAAGUCACACAUUAUGCUCAAACGAUGAUCACAGGUAAAUUCCGGCCAUUUGAUUAUGGCCCUGAAAAGAAUUUAAAGCUAUAUGGAGCAAAAGUGCCGCCAGAUUAUCCACUACACAAAAUUACAUCACCAGUUUAUCUUUAUGUCGGUCAAUAUGACAUAAUAUUUAGAAAGAUGGACACUGACCUUGUUGCACGACAACUGCCAAACGUUCAUUACAUGAUCAUACCGAGUUAUAAUCACAUAGACUUUGUAUUCGCUCGUAAUGCACGUGACAAAAUUUACAAUAUCAUUCUUCAUGCGUUUGAGGAAGCGAAUCUGAGUCGACGGUUUAAAUAA